AGCAACUUCCGCUUCCGGUUGUCGAGUUCCGCGUUCUCCGGUGGAGGCGGUGAUGGCGGUGGCCUCCACCUCGGCGGCGGCGGGGCCUGGCUGGAGCGACUCGCAGUUCCGUCGCUACUCCUUCGAGACGAGGCCCAUCCCGCGGCUCAGCCACAGCGACCCUCGCGCCGAGGAGCUCAUCGAGAACGAGGAGCCGGUGGUGCUCACAGAUACAAAUCUGGUUUAUCCUGCUCUGAAAUGGGACCUGGACUACCUCCAGGAAAACAUUGGCAAUGGGGACUUUUCAGUGUAUAGUGCCAGCACACACAAGUUUUUAUACUAUGAUGAGAAGAAGAUGGCCAAUUUUAAGAACUUCAAACCCAAGUCAAGCAGGGAAGAGAUGAAGUUUGCAGAGUUCGUGGACAGACUCAAAGAAAUACAACAAAAAGGGAGUGCUGAGAGGCUAUACCUGCAGCAAACCCUGAAUGACACAGUUGGAAGGAAGAUUGUGGUCGAUUUCCUUGGCUUCAACUGGAACUGGAUUAACAAACAGCAAGGGAAACGUGGCUGGGGUCAGCUGACUUCUAACUUGCUUCUUAUUGGCAUGGAAGGCAAUGUGACACCAGCUCAUUAUGAUGAACAGCAGAACUUCUUUGCUCAGAUUAAGGGUUACAAGAGGUGUAUCCUAUUCCCUCCUGAUCAGUUUGAAUGCCUCUACCCUUAUCCUGUGCACCAUCCGUGUGACAGACAGAGCCAGGUGGACUUUGACAAUCCUGACUAUGAGAAAUUCCCAAACUUCCGGAGCGUGGUUGGCUAUGAGACGGUGGUGGGUCCAGGGGAUGUGCUGUACAUACCUAUGUACUGGUGGCACCACAUUGAGUCUCUCCUGAAUGGCGGAAUUACCAUCACUGUGAACUUCUGGUACAAAGGUGCCCCGACCCCAAAGAGAAUUGAAUAUCCACUAAAGGCUCAUCAGAAAGUGGCGAUAAUGAGGAACAUUGAGAAGAUGUUGGGAGAAGCCUUAGGAAAUCCACAAGAGGUGGGUCCCUUGUUGAAUAUGAUGAUUAAGGGACGAUAUGACUAAUGCCUGGCUGCCCGGGUCACUGAUGUUGGAGCUGCUUUGUUCACAAGCAAUGGAAGAUACUGAGCGCUAGUAUUGCACGCAGCACUUAACAGACCGAUGGGUUUCCUGGCCCAUCCCUGCCCCUCUACAAUAAAGGGGGCUACUGGAACUGCAAAACCGUUAGUACCCCAUUCAUCCUCCAUUCUCAUCUAACCAAACCUUCCAAGAACGAGUCUGCACUUAUUGGAAGCUGGAUUCAUUCUCACUAACUUGUAUUUUUUCUCCCUUUGCCCUGUUUGCCACAACAAGAAGCAUGGCUUCUGGCACUCUGAUGUGUCGCUUUAGGAUUUUCAGGUAUUUGAAGAAGAGUUUGGAGGAGAACCAGGAGUGAUGUUUCCUCAGCCUCACGGGGUUUAUGACUCCUGGCUGGGUUUAUGUGUUGAUGCCUGCAGUAAGAUGGGGAGUGAUUGAUUUCACCGUCCUCUGUUGUUAGAGGACCUGCCUGUGCUCAGCUCCGGUGUGUGUUUAUAUGACGGAAAUGAGCAUGUGAGAUAGCCUGUGUGUGAUAAACAACUGGACAAAUGAUUCAGUUUCUUCAACUUAAAACAUGUACAUUUUGGACUUAGUACAGGGUAGAGAUCAGAUCUAUUUGGUAGACUCUCCAAAUAACAUCUGUGUUGUAGGAGUCCAGAUAAACCUCCUUUCUGACCGCUUUCUUUGGAGAGUGCAGGCUUCUCUCCUGCUUUUCUGAAGCUGCAGUGUGGUUAAAAGAGGAUGUAGUGUUACAAAGGGAGAUGCAUAAAUGCCAGCGCAUUCUCCAAGUCUUCAAUAAUUAAGCCACGUUUCUAAAAAAUUCCCUGGGAGUGCAGAGGUUGACUGUUGAAACGCAGUGUCAGAGAGGUAUAGAGCCUCCUUUCUCCUCAUGAGGUGUGUUGGCUCCUCAGACUAAUGUGGGAAAGUGCCCUUUUCACUGAAACUGCAAGAACUCAAGUGUGUGUGGCUGCGCACAAGUGCGCAUGUUUGUGUGGUGUUGUGCAGCUCCUGUUCAUCAGUUAAAUCCUUGCCAGUGUGUGGUUUCCCUUCUUGUACAGUCACCUGAAAGAGGCCAGGGUUUUCUAUUUAAAGGGGAUUAAGUUUAUCCUUUUUGUGUUCUGGAACUUGACAUGGCACAGACUAGGAAGCAAGAAGACCAAGGGACAGGAAACCAGACAAGCCUCUGGGAGUCUCAGCAAUCACCCUGACAAAUCAUUUUGCUUUUCUCCAUCUCCUUUUCCAUGCAAAAACCUUAGGCUCAUAUGGAAUCUGGGUUUUUAUUCCCUGAGGUGUGCUGCAUUGAUGUCCCUAUUUUGGGGGGUGAUGGAAAGGUCGUA